CAGGAACUGCUGUGUUAUCCCGUGUUUUGUGGGACAUGUGGACUCUGCAGCUGCUUCAGUUUUGCUGUGAUUGCUUAGGGUUGCCUGGAUGAAUCAGGCACACUAGUUCAGCCCCCAGAGCCCAGACAACCACCCCCUACAGACACAUCCUAAGACUUAUCACAACUUGGGAACACGUGGCCUAAGACGCCACACAAAAUGUGGGCAACGGAAAGCACUCUACGAAACAAGCAGGGUUUUACGAAGCCUUAAGAGAACGGUUGUGCCUGGCUCUCUCUCAUCCCUGCUCCUAGCCAAAUGGUCACAUGGGCACCAAGACUGCCAGAAGCGGGGAGAACUCAUGACAGCAUUACAAGGAAAUCAGCGCAGGGCUAAGGAAGAGAGCCAAGUUGUGUGCUGCCGCCAUGGCCAGCUUCCAAAAGAGAUCAAAGUUGUGCCCUGUAACUCCCUUUGCCUCUUGAUUUAUACCGUGCUACUACUACUCCUUCUUCUUCCCAGGCCAAUCGUUGUCCAGCUGCCACUGCGAGAGGGACCAAUCCCGUUUAGGGAGGAGGAGAAGGGGCGGGGUCCCUUCUCGAGGGCUCACCUGCACCUGCUUCCUUGUUGCCUGAGCAUCAGGUGCACCGCUCAGACCUUUCGAAGAAAGUGAGUCGGGCGGGUGGGAUUCCCUCGCCACGAGAAGCGCGCGCGCGAGAGAGCUGGCUCCCUUACAGCUCGGCUGCUCUUUCCCAAGCGCCCCCCGCCCAAGCUGCUCGCGGUCGUCCCUAGAGACGGCUAGCUGAAAGGCCGGCUUCCGACGGCGGAUUGUUCUUCACCUGCGAAAGUUGGCGCUCCCUUUUGGAGCGGGCGGGCGCCGGAAGGAAGCCAAGUUCCCUGGCUCGCUCGCUCGCUCUCAAGAGUCAGCCUGUUGCUGCGGCAGCGAGUAGUUCCCUCAGAGAAGGAAGCCCAGGUAACGACGCUCUCGGCGAGAGGAUGGACUGACUCCCUCCAGCACCGCGCCUGCUCUCAGGGGCAAGAAGAAAAAGAAGAAGAGACGCUCCUCCGGCGCACAGGCCACCGGCCCCGAGUGCAGCGCAUCGCCCAGGAACCCCCUGACCGGGAAGGGGCGCGCGGGCGCCUCCUGCCCUCCGGAAGAUGGCCGAGAGCGCCGGCACGGCCGCCCCCUCGACGGGGCCCGCGGCCAAAGGCGGCUCCACGGGCGCCUGGUGGAAAUCGCUGACCAGCAGGAAAAAGCCCAAGGAAUCGCCAGCGGCUGCGGCUGCGGCUCCGGCUGCGUGGCCUCCUCGGCAGGUGCCUGAGCCUUCGGAGAUGCUCCCCGCCGCGCCCAGCCCCUCGGACUCGCAAGAGAACCAGCAGCCCAACUCGGGCAGCCGCCGGAACCUUAAGAUCUCCCGCUCGGGCCGCUUCAAGGAGAAGCGGAAAGUGCGCGCCACGCUGCUGGCGGACAGUCCCCAGCAGCUCUUCGAAGGGGCGCCGGGAGCCGCAGCCGGGAACCCCGCCCCGGCGCGCCCCGCCGAAGAGACGCCGUGCCAGUGACCACGCCUCCCCGCCGGCCCCUGCCAGGCCCAGAGGAGCAGCUGCCUGUCGGAUCUUGGGGAAAGGCGGCCUGGUUGCCGCCUCGUCUCCGCUCGAGGGGAGGCGCGUGUGUGCGCGCGCUCGGCUGCGCUUUUGGGGAACUGUGGCCUUGAGGAUCUUGCGCGCGAGUUUGCAGAGCCUCAUUCGCCCUCGCCGAGGGGACAGAUGAUGGCGAGGCGUCCGCCUUAGUCGACCACGGGGGUCUCCUGUUUCACGGGGAGGGCCGCAGAUCUCUGGAACAAUAGGAAUAUGCAAUAAGAAAGAAACCCGCUGAAGCUCAGCUGCCCUUUCCGGUCGUGAAAUUAAAGUGUGUUCAGCGGGCAGUGUCCCCAACGAAAUCGUCAUUGUGGUUUAUUUCACGGCCGCCACCACCUUUUGCAGAAAACCGCCAGUGCG